UAUGUGGUACUCCUGCCAGUAAUUGUAAAUAUGACGUCAUUCAAAAUGGCUAAUUCGUGAGGUGCGAAGAACGGGGUGAUGGCAUUUUUUUCUAGUUUUUUAAAAUUUGUUUCUCAGGAAUCCUUUUAAAACAGUUCAAAAUAUAUUUGGUUAUCAGUGAAAUGCUGAUAAAGAACAUAAGUAGUCAAAUUCAGUGAUCAUCCUUAGAAAAAAAUGCCUGUCCUUAGCCCACACCGCAGUUCUGCUUCAGGACUCAGUGGCUCUUAUAGAUCAACAUUUAGUUCUCCACCAUUAGAUCGACAAUAUUACAGUCCACCUUCAUACAAUCCAAGAAUUACCAGCUUUAGUGAAAGAUUCACUUCAAGGUCCUAUACUGAUUCAGAUGGACGUAGAGUAUUUUCCAGAUCGGGCUCAGUAAUAGAGGAUGGAGUAACAACUUCAAGAUUUAGAGAAGAGUCUAGAGAGCCUAGCCUACGACGCGACUCUAUUUCCAGAGAUUCAGGCAUAAGCUCCAUUAGAGAAAAUUCUGUUCUAGAAUACCCAAGAAGAGAAAGUUCUCUUACGAGGAGUGAUCGACUGUCAACUGUUAAUGUAAUAGAUUCGGUUGCAGAACUAAGGAACAAAUAUUCACCAUCCAAUUAUGUGCCUAAGUGCUACAGAAAAAAUGAGAAUAUUUCUAGAUCCAAAUCCAUUAACGAUAUAGGCUUGCCUCCAAUAGAGGCUAAAGCUAGUAAGAAAAAGGUAAACGAACGUGUUGAUGCUAUUUAUACUAACAGUUUGUCAUUCUCUAACAAUACUAACGCCAACAAUUUGUCUGAUGAAGACGAUAAUGGAAAUCGAGCAUCAGUUGCUGACUUAUGUAAAAAAUUUGAUGAGAAACCAUUGAAAAUCAUGAAAAGUGGCACUUAUGACCUGGCUAACAAGACAACAGAUAUCAAAUCUAGACCAUCUGAUCCGACCAAUGUUAAACUUACUAAUGGUAAAAGUAAAGUUAAUGGUGUGAAAAAAUCCACUAAUGGUGUGUCAAACAGUAGAAAAAAUGAUGGCAUGACAUCUGGCAAAUGUCAAAGUAACACUGAUGUUUUACAGACAAAUUCUAAAUUAGAAGUGAAUGAGGAACCAAAUUUUGAAAAUGGGACAGAAAUCAAUAGGGAAAAGGUGAACACUGAUGAGGUAGACAGCAUAUCCACUAGAAGCAACUCAAGAGUCAAUAACUUUGCUUCAUAUAUUCCCACAAAAGAUUACCAAAAAGGGGAUGAAAGUAAAUCAGACUCAAGUUCCAAAAAUGAUAUGGAUAAUAAGGAUAGUUAUAUUGGAAAAAUUUUACAACAAAAUGAAUUAUCAACUUCUCCAAAACUCACAAGAUCUGCCAUAUCUCCAUCCAAUUCAGUUUCAAGCAGUUUAACAUCAAAUUCCUUGUCCCGCCGGUCCAGUGAUAGGGAGAAUCAUCGCAUCCGAGAUUACUCAGAAGACAGCAGUGGCGAACGUAGCAUCAACAGUUAUAACCACAGACCAGUAAUACAUUCUUCAGUUAAAACCCUUGGGCUCAAUGGGUUGAAAAAUAUUGGCAACACCUGUUUCAUGAACAGUGUGAUCCAAUGUUUAUCAAACACAAGAUGGUUACUAAGAUCAGUUUUCAUACAGCAUGCUCUCAGGUAUGUGAGAUUACAGUCCACUUGGGAUUUUACAGUAUUAUUCACUUUCACAUUUUAUUCAUUAAUAGAAAUAUUUAUAUGGUUUAUAUCGAUUUUGUGGAAUUUUCUAUUCAAGUGUUGUUGUAUAGUGAAUUCCUUUAUCGAUCUAUGUGAUGUUCCAGAUGUGAAAGUAACUGAAAUAUUUGUUGCAGCGUUCGCGGAAGUCAUCAAGGAAUUGUGGUCAGAAGAUUCAUCUGAUAGAGUGGUGAACACAGUCUCCCUGAAAAGUCAGAUUCAAAGAUUUGCCCCUCGUUUCAUGGGUUACGCCCAGCAAGACGCCCAGGAGUUCCUUCGAUAUCUUCUGGAAGGUUUACACGAGGACGUUAAUAGAAUUACCGAAAAACCUAAACCAAUCAUAACGGAGAUAGAUGAAAAAUUGAGCGACAACGAAAAAGCACAAGAGUCCUGGCUGAGAUAUUUGAGGAUGGAUAACUCUAAGAUCGUAGACAACUUUGUUGGUCAAUUAAAAUCCACGUUGAGGUGCACACACUGUGGACACUCAUCAGUAACGUUUGAUCCUUUCUGGGAUCUAUCUCUUCCCAUACCACAGAGAACUGGCCAACUGAGAUUGUCGCAAUGCUUAGAUUCCUUCACAAGAGAGGAAACUCUGGAUGGAGAUGAAAAACCGACGUGUUCCAGGUGCAAGGAGAGGAGAAAAUGCACAAAGUCCCUAUCAAUUCAUAAGUUUCCCCGUAUUUUAGUCAUUCAUUUGAAAAGAUUCUCUCCAACGGAAAGAUUCAGAGGCAAAUUAAAUGUUGCCAUUGACUUUCCUCUAGAAGGAUUAGAUAUGAGCAACUAUGCAGCAGAUAAUGUGGCUCCUUUUCGAUAUAAUCUAUAUGCACUUUCGAAUCAUAGUGGAACUACUUACAGUGGGCAUUACACAGCAUACUGCAGACACCCCUACACUGGCACGUGGCAUGAAUACAACGAUUCACGCGUGUCACCAAUCUCACCAAAAUCACUCGUGAGUGGAGAAGCUUAUGUGCUCUUUUAUGAACAGGACGGAACGAAGUCGCACCUUUGAAAUGGUAGAGAUUCCACUAUUGCCAAUUGGAUUUUUUAAUUUUCCAAAUUCAUAUACACGCAGACACCUUAUUAUUUAUGUAAAUUUUAUGUAUUAUCUUUUUAUUAAUAUAAUUCCUAACAUUUGUUCAGUGACGUUAGUUAUAUUAUACAGGACUCUUCUACAAGUCCUUGCCAGUUAACAGUCUUGUACAAUUUUUGUUUUUUGUAAUUUUUAUUCAAAUGUUUAUUGUUGUUCAUACAGUGUGUGAUUUUAUGAGGCGAAGAAUAGGAAUUGUACUUAUAUAUAUAUUUUUUGUUCAUAUCAUAUCUAGUCCAUGUUUUCAUAGCGCAAUAUUUGCACAAGGCAAAUAAAAAAUCAUAUUAGUAUUUGUCUUGUUCAGAUGUGCAAUUUUAAGAUUGUUUAGAAAAUGUUUAGAAUUCAUAUAAAUACACUUAUUUAUUACCAAACUGUUGAUAUUUUACAAAGAAUAUUGUUGUUUUGGAUUUAGCGACAAAUAUUAAAUGCUCAUUUAAAAAAAAAGGCAUCAUUGUAAA